AUGACCGCUGCAUCAAAGAUUGAAAAUCUUUCUGUCGGAAGUCUGAGGUUUCUCUCACGAAACCCAGAUUUCUUCGCCUCUGUAACAAAGCCUCCUGCUCCAGCAUCUUUCUAUUCCACAGUGUCAGCUCAAAUCGAAGAUCAGCAGAAGAGAUUCGAGUACCACAAUGUCGCCACAUGUAUCGCCACAUUGCAACGGUGUGCGCAGCGCAACGACGCCGUUUCCGGCCAACAGGUCCACGGAUUCAUGGUCAGGAAAGGGUUCCUCGACGAUUCGCCACGCGCCGUCACGAGCCUCGUCAACAUGUACGCCAAGUGUGGUCUUAUGCGCCACGCGAUCUCGGUCACCGGCGGAUCGGAGGAUCACGAGCGCGAUGUGUUCGGUUACAACGCCAUCAUUUCUGGGUUUGUGAUAAAUGGCUCUCCUUUGGACGCCAUGGAAACGUACAGAGAAAUGAGAGCUAAAGGAAUUUUCCCUGAUAAGUAUACAUUCCCAAGUUUGCUAAAAGGAAGCCAUGUCAUGGAAGCUUCCGAUGUUACGAAGAUUCAUGGGUUGGCGUUUAAACUAGGUUUUGAUUCGGAUUGUUAUGUGGGGAGUGCGCUAGUGAACUCCUACUUGAAGUUCAGGCUAAUGGAGGAUGCACAGAAAGUGUUCGACGAAAUGCCUGAGAGAGACGACAGUGUGCUUUGGAAUGCUUUAGUUAUUGGGUAUUCACAGAAUUUCAGAUUUGAGGACGCUUUAAAAGUCUUCGUUAAAAUGCGUGAAGAAGGUGUAAGCUUGACGAGGCACACAGUCACCGGAGUCUUAUCGGCGUUUACUGUGUUAGCCGAUCUUGACAACGGCAGGUCAAUCCAUGGCCUUGCGGUGAAAACGGGAUCCGAUUCUGAUAUCGUUGUGUCGAACGCAUUGAUUGAUAUGUAUGGGAAGAGCAAAUGUCUAGAAGAGGCAAUCAGUAUAUUCGAAGCAAUGGAUGAGAGAGAGAGAGAUCUCUUUACAUGGAACUCGGUGCUAUGUGUUCAUGACUACUGUGGUGAUCACGAUGGAGCUUUAGCUCUUUUCCAAAAGAUGCUUCGUUCCGGAAGAAUCCGGCCUGAUCUCGUUACGUUGACGACAGUUCUCCCAACUUGCGGUCGUUUAGCUGCAUUGCAACAGGGGAGAGAGAUUCAUGGCUACAUGAUCGUCAACGGACUUUUAAACCGGAACAACUCGAACGAUGAGUUCAUAAACAACUCCUUGAUGGACAUGUACGCGAAAUGCGGCGACUUGAGGGAUGCGCAGACGGUUUUCGACUCGAUGAGGAGCAAAGACUCGGCUUCUUGGAACAUAAUGAUUAAUGGCUACGGUGUUCAGAGCUGCGGCGAGUUAGCUUGGGAUAUGUUUUCAACUAUGUGCAAAGCCGGUGUUAAACCGGAUGAGAUCACAUUCGUUGGGUUGCUUCAAGCAUGUAACCACUCAGGCUUUGUGAGCCAAGGGAGGAAGUUUCUGGAAGAGAUGGAGAGAGUUUAUAAGAUUGUCCCAACGAGUGAUCACUACACUUGUGUGAUCGACAUGCUUGGCCGUGCAGGGAAGCUAGAGGAAGCGUAUGAGUUAGCAGUAGCAAUGCCUGUGGAAGAUAGUCCUGUUGUCUGGAGAUCGAUAUUGUCAUCUUGUCGCCUCCACGGGAACACAGAGCUCGCACAGGUGGCGGGGAAGCGGCUGUACGAGCUUGAGCCAGAGCAUUGCGGCGGUUAUGUGUUGAUGUCUAAUUUGUAUGUGGAAGCUGGGAGAUACGAGCAAGUUUCGGAGCUUAGAGACGCAAUGAGACAGCAGAAUGUGAAGAAGACGCCAGGUAGCAGCUGGAUUGAGAUCAAGAAUGACUUACACGUGUUCUUCACCGACGAUAAGACUCACCCGGAAUAUGAAUCUAUCCUCGCUUGUUUAAGUCCGUUGACUCAUCAUAUCAUGAGUAUAUGCCACUAA